CGAACCACCACCUAAUUGGUUUGACGAAACGAAACUUUGGUCUUUUAUAACGUACUUCUGAUAAAGCAGAUACAUGCAUCAGCACACUGCUUUGAAAUAAACUGCUUAGCGAUUUCGACGCAUGCCUCGGAGCUCCGGUAUCAAACAUAACUUCACUAUCAAUACGUUGUCGUAUUGUAACGUUAGUGCUUUGAAAACGGGAUCUAUUGGCAUCGGAGCUCCGGUGUCAAUCGUCCCAUCACGACAGAGACGUGGAGAAGUGAAGUACAGUGAACUAUGAAGCCGGGUCGAAGGAAAGGUCUCAGCUGGGUCCAAUUUUACUUUUCACUGCUCUGUGUCAUUCUGGACUUCCAGUUGGACGGUGUCUCGGGGGACAACGUGGAGAUUGAGAAACACCGUGAGAUGGGCCGUAAACUGUUGGAAUCUGGUCAACUUGCUGGGGCCCUGUCCCACUACCACUCUGCAGUGGGAUCAAUUUCCUCCUGCAAUGAAAUGGUUCAUAUCAAGAUCCAACAUCUCUACCUGACCUACUUUGAGCGGGCAGCUGUGUUUCUGGCAAUGGGGAAGUCCAAGUCAGCCCUGUCGGACCUGACCAGAGCUAUCCGACUCAAACCAGAUGACCUCAUUGCCAGACUGCAGAUGGGGAAUAUCCACCUAAAGAUGGGCAACACCCAGAAGGCCCGGGAGAACUUUCAGGCUGUGCUGCUGCGCUCCCCUGACCAGGAUGAGGUGCGGCACCAGCUGAUGAGGACCAACGAGCUGGAGGAGCUGCAGGAAAAGGCCCACGCGACCCACCACAAAAGAGACUACAAGACCACCAUCAAUGUGUUGGAUCGGGUUUUAGUGCUGUCCCCCUGGGACCCUGAGUCUCUGGAGCUCCGGGCUGAAUGCUACAUCCACCUGGGAAACACCAGGAAGGCCAUCCAGGACCUGACUCCCACCGCCUGGCUGAGGAAUGACAACCGUGCUGCCUUCCUCAAGCUCAGUACCCUGCAUUAUAGCCUGGGGGAGAACAAGGAGUCAUUAGAUCACGUCCGGGAGUGUCUGAAGCUGAAACAGGAUGACAAGAAGUGUUUGUCCCACUUCAAACAGGUGAAGAAGCUCAUCAAGCAGCUGCACUCUGCCGAGGAGCAUAUCAAGGAGGAGAGUUAUCAAAUGGCCAUAUCCAGCUAUGAGUCAGUGAUGCAGACAGAACCUAAUGUCCCCUACUACACCAAUAAGGCAAAAGAGAGGAUCUGCUUCUGCCUGGUCAAGAAAAAGAUGGCUGCUAAGGCAAUAGACAUCUGCUCUGAAGCCCACCAGAGAGAUCCACGCAACAUCAACAUCCUUCGAGACAGAGCUGAGGCCUUCAUCCUCAACCGGGACUACGGUGAAGCGGUGGAAGACUACGAGGAAGCGAUGGAGUUUGACAUGGAGAACAAUGAGAUCAGGGAUGGUUUAAAGCGAGCCCAGGAACUGCUCAAGUUCACCCCAAAGAAAGACUAUUACAAGAUCCUAGGUGUUGAAAGGAGUGCCAACAAAGAGGAAAUAAUCCAUGCAUACAGGCAGCAGGCCACAAAGUGGCAUCCUGACAAGUACAGAACGGAUUGGGAGAAGAGGAAGGCAGGGAAAAGGUUCAUUGACAUCACCUCUGCAAGAAAGGUGCUCACUGACCCAGAAAUGCGUAAGAAGUUUGACUCAGAAGUUUGAUCCCUGGACCCAGUGAGCCUGCAGGGUGGAGGAGGGGGUCAGGGUGGCCAGGGAUGGCCCUUCCACUUCCACUUGAGUCCGGCGGCAACUACCAUUUCAAGUUCCACCACUAGUACUACAUAAUACAAUGCAAAAUAUAUAUAUUAAAAAAGUCUGUCUCUUCACAGUAACCAUCAUGCCGUAAGAUGUUCUUUUAUCUGGGUUUUUAAAGUCUUUUUCUAUUGCUAUCUUGAGUUACCUGGGUUGGCAGAGUUCCAUGUAGUCAUCAUUGCUCUAUGUGCGUUUCCCAGCCUCUCUUCAGGACCUGGGGACUGUGAAGAGGCCUCUGAUUGCAUGUCUUCUGUUGUACUGAGUGUCCGACCUGUGUACCAACUGCUUGAACAGACAGUUUGGUACAUUUUAACGCAUCAACACCUUAACACAAAGACCAAUAGUUGCGAUACAGUCAAUCUCUCCUCAACUUUGAGCCUGGAGAGACUGACAUGCGUACCACUGACAUUUGCCCUCUGUGUACAUCUAAGUGCAAUACGUACCGCUCUGUUCUGGACCAACUGGAAUUUUUCACCCGAGUGGUCAAAGACACAAAGUCCUGUAUAGGUGUGCUGUUCAAUCCUCCCAUCUCGAACCCAGGCUGUUGAUGCUGUCAUUACAUUCCUCAAACUACCCAUGUUGUUGUUCUUUAGGAUGUUGGUCUGCUACUUUUGCUUUGUGGUUGUGCCAUUUUCUUCCGCCUCAUUCUUCCUCGAAGGGCUUGUUUUGGUAGCAGCAUAGCAUGUUUUGGUUUUUGCUCUGCUCGAAUAGCCUGGGUGCUGGACUGUUUCUCCAUUUAUUUAAUAACGCUAAGCCAAGCUCAAGUCGCAUAAAAGCAAUUUCAGAAUAACACCCAAGCUAUUCAAACAGAUUAUUUUAAACAGUGCCAUUUGAGGACUUAGACCAUUUUAAUGUAGUCAAUUGGGUGGGACUUUCAACUUCGUUGGCUGAACCCUUCCGAUGACCUGGUUGGAGUGGAAUCAAAUCAAUUGUUAUUGGUCACAUUCACAUGGUUAUCAGAUGUUAAUGUGACUGUAGCGAAAUGCUUGUGCUUCUAGUUCCAACAGUGCAGUAAUAUCUAACAAGUUAUCUAACAAUUCCCCAACAACUACCUAAUACACACAAAUCCAACACGUAAUCUAACAAUUCCCCAACAACUACCUAAUACAAAAAAUCUAAAGGGGUGAAUGAGAAUAUGUAUGUAUAUUUUACCUUUAUUUAACUAGGGAAGUCAGUUAAGAACAAAUUCUUAUUUUCAAUGACGGCCUAGGAACAAUGGGUUAACUGCCUUGUUCAGGGGCAGAACGACAUGUGUGUACCUUGUCAGCUCGGGUAUUCGAUCUUGCAACCUUUCGGUUACGAGUCGAACGCUCUAAACACUAGGCUACACUGCCGCCCCGACCCAUAUGGAUGAGCGAUGGCCGAGCGGCAUAGACAAGGUGCAGUAGGUGGUAUAAAACAGUAUAUCCAUGUGAGAUGAGUAAUGUAGGAUAUGUAAACAUCACGAAAGUGGCACUGUUUAAAGUGACUAGUGAUCCAUCUAUUAAAGUGUCCAGUGAGUCAUGUUCAACCGGGUCAUCAGGAGGGAUCAGCCAAUCACAAAGGAAUUUUUUUUAGUUUGCUCAAUGGCUCAGCCCAUGCUGUCAAAGACGCUAUAAUGGCACAGGUACAAAGACGAGACCUCUCUCUCUCUAUGCCAAUCACACAACUCCUUCCUAGUUGUGUACCCAAUCAAAGGGGUGAGAGUGAAGCUUGUCUGUCUUCUUCCUGAAAGAGCCUGCGUUGUUGCGUUCUUCUUUUUUCAUUGAUUUCAAAGCAUGUCUUUUUUUUGGUCUUUUAUUUUUCAAUUUGCUUUCUUUUUAAUAACCUCCAUAUGUUGUCCACUCGUCUUGAUGUUAUUGAAAAUGUAUAAGAAAAAUGGAGAGCCGCACCCAUAAUUUAAUAACCAACGUUAAUAACAUAGAAAGAAACCUAUGUUCCAGCAUUUCUAGGGAGUCUUUCCAAGCCACCGUGCUUCUACAUCUGCAUGGCUUGCUCUCUGGCUUAGAUUCGGUUUCUGUGUAAGCAGUUUAUGACAACUACUGAUGUAAAAAGGGUUUUAUAAAUAUAUUUGAUUGGAUUGUCAAUAUCAACUAUAAGUUGAAUUUGAAUUCUAAGGAUACAGUAUAGCUGUAACUGAAAGCUUUGAACGUCACUGACUGCUAAAUUACGUGAUAAUUUAACAAGGUUGUCGUCACAUUAAAAUUAACUGCCUGGAACGGGUUAUUUUAUGGUUUCUAUGGACAGUUUUUUUCAUUGCCAAACAGAAUGAAAUGAAAUUCUCAACUGUAUUAAAAAAUGGAAGUAAACCCUG